AUGAAUGACGCCGAUGUAGCCAAGCAGAUCCAGCAGAUGGUGCGGUUCAUCCGCCAGGAGGCCGACGAGAAGGCCAACGAGAUCUCCGUCUCCGCCGAGGAGGAAUUCAACAUUGAGAAGUUGCAGCUUGUUGAAGCUGAGAAAAAGAAGAUCAGGCAAGAGUAUGAACGCAAAGAGAAGCAGGUUGAAGUACGGAAGAAAAUUGAGUACUCUAUGCAGUUGAAUGCUUCUCGCAUCAAAGUUCUUCAAGCUCAGGAUGAUCUAGUUAACAAAAUGAAAGACGAUGCCAUGAAGGAACUCCUUCGUGUCAGCCACAACCACCAUGAAUACAAGAACCUUUUGAAAGACCUAAUUGUUCAGGGCUUGCUCCGUUUGAAAGAGCCAGCUGUAUUGCUCCGUUGCCGCAAGGAAGAUCACCAUCAUGUGGAAUCAAUACUGCAUUCAGCAAAGCACGAGUAUGCAUCAAAAGCAGACGUCCAUGAACCAGAGAUAAUUGUUGACCAUGAUGUGUACCUGCCACCUGCCCCAAGCCAUCAUGAUGUUCACGGCCAAUUUUGCUCUGGAGGUAUUGUCUUGGCUUCUCGAGAUGGAAAGAUUGUGUUUGAGAGUACACUUGACGCAAGACUGGAAGUUGUUUUCCGCAAGAAAUUGCCAGAGAUCCAAGUUAACACAAUCCUCCUGCCCUUCCAGAUCCGGAGGCUUCUUUUUGGCCAGACUGCAGCCUAA